GCUUCAUUUACCUUUUGGUUCGCCGUUGUCAACUUCGUCCUUCGACUUUAUCUUCAAAGUCUGACGCACGGAAAGCCUUGUCACACGCCCUUCCUGCCUCUGUACGGACACACUUGGUCGACGCUUCUCCUCCUGCCUGCACCCCAUUACUUACAACGCUACCUCCGUUACCGCCCGCGGAGAGUUUCUCUCCGAUCACCGACAGCAAGCUCCGCCUUGGUUGUGGCAGCUCCUAUUUUCUCAGAAUACUAAGUAAGAGGUGCUUGCUGUGUCGCCUGAUCCAUCACUCGCUGAACCUGGAACAUCUCGCUUGUAUCUCAGCUCGGCUCCGAUCCUGUGCCGCCAGAGUCUGCCUCAUCGCACAACCUCAAUAAAUAAACGGAUGGCAUGAAAACGACGCUCUACUCGUCUUUUACCGCGCCCCGUCUCUUGCUGUCUUCCACCUCGGCCAUCUCGGAUUUGUCUACGGCUUCAAUACGGCAGGCGUACUUUGGCAGUCAUGGCCGACCGACCUUCCCCUUCUCCCCCCACAACGCCGCCGUCUGGAUUGUCAAGUGUAGAGCCCUCCGUUCCCGAGCCAUCGCCCUCCAAAUUGAUUGCCGUUCAUGAGGAAGAAACUUCAGAGACUGUUGAAAGAUUCAGUCGGCUCUUGCUUGAGGAGCAGGACGAUGCGCCAUUGGAAAUGCGGCAUCCCCGCCCCUUGCCAUUUACCCCACGAGCCUCGAAUGGUCAGUCUCUACCCUCUUCACUCCUGCAGGCAUCUUCACAUACCUCUCGUCCGAGGAACCGAUCUCCGUAUUCAAGAUCUCACUUGCGCUCUCAGUCAAGCUCUGCGUCACUGGCUGCCCCACCGAUGAUGAGAGCGCACUCCUCUCCUGUUUUUGCGUCGUCGUAUGUUUCAUCUUCACCUUACGCGAGGUCUUCAAGCCCUCUGCGUUCACCGAAAAGAGUCCGGAGUCCACUUGGUCUAGCUGGAGAGGACGUGUACUUGCCUCCAACGACUCUUUCAUCGGAUAUUGAAAGCAUUGAUGAGGACCAUGAGUUGGAUAUCACACCAAGGCCACCUGAAAAUCGCAUGCCAUCAGUAUCUAGCUCCACGGAUAGCUCGCCUCUCCCUUUAUUCCACGGUAAUACUUUUCCCCUCAGACGUCGACGACCUGCUUCCCCGCUCUAUCAUGUCACCUCAGUCGGGAACAAUACGCCCACAUCAACGCCACAAUCGCCAUCGUUGUCUGCAACAAAGUUUAAUGAGGCGUUUCCUAAUGAUUUGGCAUAUACACGUUCAUACUCAUCCGCAUCAUCUAUGCCCUCCACACCUACUUCACUGCGUUCGCGAAGUCCGAGUAUAUCUAGCCUGGAGACCAUUCCAGAUACUCCAGAUGCCGAAGCGGAAGCCAUAGAGGCGGAAAAAAUGGAUCGCCUAAGAAGGGCUUCAGAAGGCGGCAGCGAGUCAUUCAGACGGCCGAACGCAGCUGGUUUUGCCAACCGAGACAAACGAAAGAGAUGGAGUGUCUGUGGUGCAGAGAAGAGAAGUGAUCUCAAUCUAGAGACCAUCUGGGAAGACUAAGCGCCUCUCUGCUCCUUAAGAUGUGGACGUCUUCCCGCUGCCGAAUCAUCAGGCUGUCAAACAAGCGCCAUAUAUUUACAAACUGCUCACGAAUAACGCUAGGGAAUAACUUUGUUAAAUUUCUACCAGGCUUGUACGGCGCAAGGACGUAGACCACACAGCCUUGUAUACACCGUUCCGUCGUCAAUCUAUUGAUACGCAUGCUACACAAAAGCUAAAUGGAUCCUUCAUAGGACGGGGUUGUCAUCCGUCUAGUUGUUCCGUACGGCCUUCCAAAGACGUUUGUCCGAAAUACAGCUCGGUUCGAUGUUCAACUCACAACAUCUAAUCAUCAUUCAUGGACUCAGGGCAUGUUCACAUUCGUGUUGUCCUUGAUGCAGCAUCAUGUCUUUUUUGAGAAUAUUUUUUGGUCUGGGGUUUGUGGGAACGGUGCGGAAGAGUGACAUGAUUCUCAUUUGGCAUGAGCACCGGCGUUAUUUUCAAGACCCCGCCGUGGUGGUGGGUUGAUACCCAGAUCGUUACCUGAUUUACCAAUUGCGUGUUGAAUUUGAACGCUGUCAUUUUUAAGUUCAAAGCCUAGCAUUAAAAUUGAAUUGAUAGCCC